CCUUCUCCCGCAGCAUCAUCAUCAUCAGCGCUCGUCAUGAAACCCGUCUUCCUCAUUCAGUGAUGUGAUGUGCGCUCGUGCACCGGCGCUCUCCGUUUCUCAUCAUCAUCAUCAGCAGCGGCGGCGGCGGCGGUCGGAGCGGACAGACAGUAGCGGAUUCUCUCAGCUUCUCUAGAGGAUGUACCGUGUCACCGGAGGGAAACGGCGGAGAAUCUUUCCGGGGGCCCUUCCCUGAGAAACGAACAAGGACGGAACGGAUCGACGCGGAUUUUUUGACACGAUCUGUGCGAAUGACACAAACCGCUGUGAGGAUUUUGCCGUAUGUGAGGAGCGCUCUGGACUGUCCGUCCAGUCUCACGCAAUGCUGAGCAUGUAAAGAACCAGACCGAGGGGUCGCCCUCCAGGGCCGCAGUCUCUCUUCAUCUGGGAGCAUGUUCUAGGACGGACCCUCCACAGCAACCAUGAAAAGCUUAGGGGCCAACCGUAGCCGACAUCUGUCAGACAGCUGUGACCCCACCGCGGGCCCCCAGGAGCCCUUGUGUCCCUUGGCCCCGGACCCCCACGCCACCUACCUCCUGAGCCCCACCGUCAACCAUUAUGGCACUCUGGAUCCUCACUUCCAUCAUUUUCCAGUUUCCACCCCGACGACCCUGCAGUCGGACUGCCUGCUGCCUCUAAACAACCAGCUGACCAACAGCAGCACCUUCCCACGGCUGCACUACACCAGCCAGCCGGAGCAGAGCGAGUACACGCAGCAGGGUUGUGUGGCUCAGACAGGCAGUCGCGCUGGCACCCUCACAUCUUCCAUGUCCAUGGGUUUGGGCCUGGGACUGGGCGCCCCCGCCAUGAUCAGCAGCGGCACGGCCACCAUCUCAUCCGCAGCAGCCGCCAAGAUGAACCGGCUCCCGGCCAACCUGCUGGACCAGCUGGAGCGCCACCUACCGCUGCAGCGCGACGGCUUCAGCACGCUGCAGUUCCACCGGCGCAGCCGCGGCUCCAAGCAGCGCAGCGAGAGUCCCAGCCGCAUCCGAAACCUGGUCCAGUCCGUCCAGAAACUCUUCGCCAAGUCGCAAUCUCUGGAGGUUUCGGCGGUGAAAGGGAGCAUAACCGCCGGUGACGCGGCAAAAGCGACCCGGCGGAGCAAAAGCAAAGACCGCGCCAAGACUGAAGGCACCAAACGGCGUCCGCGGCCCAAUCUCUCAGGCUUCUGGAGCUCGGACGACGGCUUAGAGGACGAUCCCCCGACUCAACCUGCCGCCGGCCCACUGGCGGUUGCGUAUCGAAACCCUCUCAGCAUGAUGACACUGGGCAGAGCCGUGUCGGACAGUCAAGCGGCACCCAGACCGCAUCCGCAGGGCUACAACACCAUCGCGGCGCACUCGCUCAAAUCGUCCAAGAGCAGCGGUGACCUCAAGCCGCAGGUCAGUCUGCCGCCCUCCGGUGGCCAAACAGGGGACAGCGUGCUGGUCAAGAGAGGCUCCUGGUCAACGCUGACCCUUAGUCAGGCCAGACAGGUGCUACAGAAGGGCUCCGCCACCGUCAACCGGACCCUGCUCAAGUCCAAGUCCUGCCACGGACAGGAGAUGACCUGCAACUUCCUACAGCAGGUGCCUACAGGUGAGUGGAGCGGGACGCUGGGUAAGGCAGGGGGCGCAGGCGAGAUCCCGUGCAGGCGGAUGCGCAGCGGCAGUUAUGUUAAAGCCAUGGGAGACGUGGAGGACAGCGACGACUCAGACGGACCCCCUUCACCCAAACCCUCGCCCAAGACCGCCGCCCGACGACAGAGCUACCUGAAGGCCACCCAGCAGUCUCUCAGCGAGCAGCAGCCGCCUUUACCACCGCGCAACAGACAGAGUCCCUGUCCGUUCAUGCGGGAGCAGUUCGGAGUGGUUUGGUCUCCUCUGCAGAGCGCCGCCUCAGUGCCGCACCUGCACAGCUGUUUGCCGUCCCUAUGCGAGGUCUCCACCAAUCGCAGCCUGGAUAACCUGGACUGUUUGAUGGCUCCCGGUGACGCGGGUCUGCAGCACUGGGACACUGAUGGGGGAUUCGGUCCACGCUGCGCCACGCUGGGACGAGGGUCUACCAUGAGACAGGUGGAGCAGUGCUACAUGAGCAACGUGGCUUACGGGCAGGUGGAGUCUCAAGCGGUGGAGGCCUUGGAUCUGCCCACGCCCACCUGCUUCCGGUCUCGAAGCCACAGUUACCUGCGGGCCAUCCAAGCCGGCUGCUCUCAAGAUGACGAUACGGGCUCAGUGGACUCCGAUGAGACUCCACCGAUAACCUCAUCCAUCAGCAGCUAUAACAGCAUCACCAUCUCCACGUGUACGGCCAUCUGUAAGAAGGCUCCUCCUCCUAUUCCUCCACGCACCACCUCCAAACCCUACAUCUCUGUUACGGUCCAGAGCAGCACCGAAUCCGCCCAGGACACGUACCUGGACAGCCAGGACCAGCGCAGCGAGGUCAACAGCCAAUCAGGACAAAGCAACUCCUCCGAUAGCCUCGCCAGCUCUCGGACAGGAAGUCUGGUCAAAGGCGCUAAGCGGCCGCCUAUCCUGCCGCCCAUCCCUGCUCCGCGGGAACCCGUACAUCUACCCAGCGCGAGAGUGACCACGCCUCCUCCCGCUAUAGUCCCGCCCUCUCCCGCCCCCGACAUCAGAAACGAGCCUGCGAGUCUCACAGUGGCACCUAGCGAACCGCAAGCUCCGCCCAAGAGAAAACUCUCAUCGAUUGGUAUUCAGGUGGAUUGUGUGCAGCCGGUUCUGAAAGAGGAACAAACUCCCACCACCAGGUUCCAGUCCAUUGGGGUUCAGGUUGAAGACGGCAGGCCACUCAGUCGCUUCACUAGCAUGGCGUCUAGACAGGAGACGACGGAGGCCGAAUCUCAGGAGCAGACCGACGGUAAACCUUCAGCGAAUAAGACGCCCAACCAGUCUCUGGACGGCAGCGUGCACAAGCUCUCCCGAGCGGACGUGAUGCGCUCCGGUUCUGCCUCGCUCCAGGAAAAGCUGGAUCCUGCGCUGGACCCAUCCUCCCUCCCGCCGCCGGAUCCGUCUCUGCAGGCCGGGACGGGCAGCGUAAAUGGAGCCGUGGAGCAGCCCGGGGGCUCGGCGUGCCUCAGGGACGGACGCUGGUUCCAGAAGCUUCUCCAGGCGGAGACGGACCGCAUGGAGGCCUGGUGUCAGCAGAUGGACCAAGAGACCAAAGACAAAGAGCUGUCAGAGGAGGUGUUGGGGAAGGUCCGCAGUGCGGUCGGCAGCGCUCAGCUCUUGAUGUCUCAGAAGUUCCAGCAGUUCCAGGGCCUUUGUGAGCAGAACCUGGAUGCAAACGCUCAGCCGCGGCCCACCGCGCAGGAUCUGGCCGGAUUCUGGGAUCUGCUGCAGCUGUCCAUCGAGGAUAUCAGCAUGAAGUUCGACGAGCUCCACCUCCUCAGGUCCAAUGACUGGAAGAUGUCUGAGACCCAGGACAAAAAGGAGGAGAAGAAGUCUGCUCCAGCCCACACACCAAAGAAGACUGUAAAGGUAAAAUCCAGCGGCGGGAAGGAGAAGAGCGGCGACUCUUUGGCCGACAAGCAGCGUCAGGAGGCCAGAAAGCGACUGAUGGCGGCCAAGCGAGCCGUGUCCGAGCGGCAGAACUCCGCCACCGAGAGCGCCGAAAGCAUCGAGAUCUACGUCCCCGAGGCUCAGACGCGACUCUAAUGAACCACAAAAUAACAAACUCCUCCCACUCCAGAGACGCUUUCUCGCGCUCACGGACACGCUCACCCGUACAGAGCGCACCGCGGUCGGAUCUAAAGGUGAAUGGCCGAAAACAACGAGCAAAAAAAUCCAAUAAAAAGAGCGAGAAAUUGAAUUUGAACGCUGCCGCAGAAGAACCUCCUGUUGAAGUUUGUUUAUAUGGUUUCCCCUUGUUAUAAUUAUAAAUGUUAUAAAAGUUAACUAUCUCAUGGAAUAUAUCAAGACUUUGUCUGUAAAUUGUGCUAAUAUCUCUGAUGAUGAAAAGACGUUCUUUACCGUGUCAGAUCUCAGACCCUUUACACUCGUCACAUGACCCGCUUCACACGUCACAUGACCCACGGACAGCAUGCACUCAGGAUCCUGCACGUGUGCACUUGUCUUUCAUCAGCGCAGUCUUCCUGUUCUCACAAACACCUUUCUUUUCUUCGUCGGGAGCACGGACACGUGACUUUAUCGCGCGAAGCGUUUGAAUGGCGUUGCGUAUGUGAAUGUUUCACUGCAUCUGGAGUUUUGAUGGUACGAGAGAUACUUGAAAUCUGAAGCGGAUCACCGUAGGAAGUCGUAGAGUAGCACAGGAAGCAGUUUUUAGCACUCCGCUAGUUUUGUUUUUCACGUCACUUUUCACUCCAGUAAAACUGAAUGCAGAAACACAUUUCAGCUUGAUUUAUUUUCCACGUCAAACAAUCCAUUUAUAUUUAAUAAUAGGGUUGAAAUAUGACCUCUCGACUUUGUUUUUAUGAUGAAUGUUUUAAAACGUCAACAGUGACUGUCCAGAUUUUUACUUGGGCCAACUUCCUGUUUGUUUUGUAAUAAUAUUAUUAUUAUUAUUAUUAUUAUUAUUAUUAUUAUUAUUAUUAAUAAUAUUAUUUUAAUUUUGAAUUUUGUUUUCUGUUGUCCAUUCAUUCCAUGUGUUCUUCAGCACGGUUUCCUGAUGCUACGGUUCAACCGUACAACCGUGUCUUUGUGUGACCAAUUAGAGCCCUUCAUUUGUGAUCAACAAUGUUUUUUUUUUGUUUUUUUUAAUUAUUAUUUGACAGAUAUUAAAAACUUCCGUUACCCAAAA